AUGGUAUCUUUUGUUGACAGUAAUCAUGAAACAGCCUCUGUUUCUUACAUGUUGAACACUACACAGUUGUGGAAUACGUCACUUCCGGAAGCAUGCAAAAACGGAACUGAUAUAACAAAAUCCGGAUUAAAUUUCUACUGGCAGGUUCCCCAAAUCACUUUUCUGUCAAUCAUGUUGCUGACAAUAGUCAUUGGGAACGCGUGCGUUCUGGCGGCCAUCAUGCUGUCUGAUAACGGGAGGAAAACCAGGAUGAAUUUCUUUAUCAUGCAUCUUGCCAUAUCAGACCUCUCAGUGGGAAUAUUCCUGGUGUCCAUUGAUAUAGCCGAGAAAAUCUUCAUUGAGUGGCUGGCUGGAAAUGCAUUGUGUAAAAUAUUGAAUUUCCUGAAGAUUCUCGUUCUGUACGCCUCAACGUAUGUUCUUGUCUCACUCAGUAUCGACAGGUUCGAUGCUAUAGCAAGACCGAUGAAUUUCUCCAGACGAGCUUUCAGAGCCCGUAUGUUAAUAUACAGUGCUUGGAUUCUGGCGGCCAUCUUCUCUAUGCCUGCUUUGGUAUUAUUCGAGGCGAGAACGGAACCUAACUAUAACAACAUAACAAUGUGCACAAUCAGUCUGACAGCCUUUCACUGGAAACUAUAUUUCACGCUAGUAGCACUUAGUGUGUUCAUCAUUCCAGCCGUGAUAAUAACAGUAUGCUACAGUGUUAUUAUUAUCAUCAUCUGUCAGAAGAGUAAACAAGACAGUCACAACACCAAGCAGACCACACCACGUCAGGACGACGGGGCAGUUUUUCUUGAAGGACGAGGAUUCGGUGGGGCUCGACAUGCGAAGGGAAGCUCUGUUAUACAGCAAGCCAAAAUAAGAACGAUAAAGAUGACAUUUAUCAUUGUAUUAGUAUUUGUCCUGUGCUGGUGCCCGUAUAUAGUGUUCAAUCUUCUCCAUCUGUACGCGUUCUCCGAGGAACAGAAAAGGUCGCCAGUCCUGGGAGCAGUAACGGCAUGGAUACAGAGUAUGGCUCCUCUAAACAGCGCAGCCAACCCAAUAAUCUACGGUGUAUUUAGCACGAGGAUUUGUCGCAACCUCAGGCGUAUUCCGUUGUUCAACUACAUUGCCAAUGCCCUGUGCAGGUGUCAAAGGGUACGGAAUGUUAGCAGCCGAUUGUCUCACACCACAUCCUGGAAUGAUCCCACCUACCUGACAGACGCCUCCUUCUCCUCCAAAUAUCGCCGCCCCGGUGGAGUCCGUAGAACUUUCUCCGACUCCGAAAGUACCGUAUUAGCUUCCAGUAGACAUGCGCAUCCAAGAUCAAUGUCUCAGCAGGGAAAUUUCCGACGGUCUAUUUCCAGUAGCAGUCAGGAAUUUAAGUCUAUUGGUUACCGUAGACCAUCUGGCCUGCCAUUGGUUAAGAGAAACCUGACUUUUGAGGAUAACCACUUGUUAAAAUCAUUGACUCAGCGACCAACAAAUACAAUAUGUGAAUCAGAAAUAUUGUGAAUGUCUGCCAAUCAAGCAUGGGAGACGGUCGCAUACAUUAUAUGUA